UUUUGUUUGUUUUGUGUGCGUCUUCGUUUCGGAUUGCUAUCCUUUGGUGAUUGUGAAGUUUAGUGGGAUCGAAAUUGCCUCAUAAAAUUUAUCUGGUACUUGGCUUAUCGAUGACAAUGCGCUUUAUCUUGUUCUGCUUGUGACAGCGAUUGAGCCGCUAAAUAGCAGGCAGCGAUCGGACUACCUAGCAUGCUCGCGUAAAUUGCGGCAGCCUGGCCAUGUAUGUUGCAUUAGGAAGUGACUCCUUGUCCGCUAUAAAAAAUGCGUUAGCUACCUUUGGAGCUAUAUGCUCAUUAAAAGUAGUCCUUGACCUGAUGAGGUUUGUGAGCUCCCUUAUACGUGGUCACCUGCUUCCAAGAUUUGCUAGCUGCAAUCUGUUGAAGUAUGGAAAAUGGGCAGUGGUGACGGGCUGCACAGACGGCGUGGGGCGUGCCUACGCCCGCGAGCUGGCGCGACGCGGCAGCUCUCUGGUGCUGAUCAGCCGCUCUCAGCAGAAGCUGGACGCAGUCGCCGAGGAGCUCCGUCGGGAGUUCGGCACGGAGACCAUCACGGUGGCUACCGACUUCAGCCACGGCAGGGACGUGUAUGAGCGCAUCGCUGAGAAGACGCGUGACCUCGACAUCGGCAUCCUGGUGAACAACGUUGGCGUCAUGCUGGACUACCCGAUGCCACACGGCGACGUUCCGGAGGAGUCCAUCUGGCGGCACGUGCUGGUGAACGUGGCGCCGGCUGCGGUGCUCAGCCGGCUCCUUCUGCCGGGCAUGGUGGCGCGAGGCCGGGGCGCCGUUGUCAACCUGUCCUCCAGCUCGGCCAUCGGGCCGAUGCCCUACAUGAACAUCUACUCGGCCUCGAAGAAAUUCCUCGAGUUUUUCUCGCGCGGGCUGGCCGCCGAGUACCGGCCGCACGGCAUCACGGUGCAGACAGUGAUGCCGUUCUACAUCGCCACCAACAUGACGUCCUACUCGGACAAGAUCGGACGCACCAGCAUGCUGGUACCGGACGCGGCAACGUUCGCCGACAGCUGCGUGCGCACUCUGGGUCGUCUGGAGUCGACCACCGGCUACUGGACGCACGAGCUGCAGUAUUACGCGUGCUCCAACGUGCCGUCGUGGGUGUGGCUGACCUUGGGCGAGAAGCUGCAGAAGGAGCUGCGUCAAGACGCGCUCCUCAAGCAGAAGCACGCCUAGACGCGCUCCGGCGCCGCAAGGCCCUCCCUCCCCCCUGCCCUGCAAGAGGACAAUGACUGGCCGGCAGCGGGGGCCGCCUCGGACUCGGCCGCCCGCGCGGACUCUCGGCAGCUGCUGUAACGCGGCGGGCGCGAUUGGCCGGAGGUCGUUAGCCCGCCUUGCACCGGCAACCGGCCGGUUUGGAAGAGAGUCGUGACACAGUUGUGGUGCUGCCCUGACGAGUCCGGCGCGCGCGCCGCUGCGUCCUGCUGCGCCACGGCGUCGCGGCCGCCACACGAAGAGACAAGGUUAUCGAAUGCUAGUUACCAGCUGCGGGGUGUGGCGCCUUCCAAAUCGGUCAGCUGUGGAACAGUUAACCUGAUUUGCAUGGGUUACACACGUACGAUGACUCAUGACACUUAGGCACCGCGUAGAUCCGACCAAAAUACUGUGCUGGAACAGCACCACUGCAGUCGUCCUGCGCUAUGCUGUAUCUCAAAUUACGUGUUACUCAUGUGAUUUCACUAUGCUAAUAAACUAUUGAACUGCCACGCACAUUGCCGCCUUUCGUUGCAGCCGGGGCGUGGGCUGCAGGACGGUGUGGUGCUCGCCGGCUCUUGCGGCACGUGCCCGUCCUGCAGUUUAGUCUGAUUUUGCAGCGACCGAGCCGGCCGAUGGGGCAGCCGUAGCGCCUGGCGCCGGCCGGCCUCCAAGGCAACGGCGCCGCCGGCUGCCUGACUGUCUCGUAAUGGCACACAAUGGCGAGCGUGGUGCGUCUAGGUACUACAGAUAGGCCAUUUCGUUCGGUGGAGAUUGCGGCAGUUUCAAUACAGUUACCGUGCAGGCUUUGGGCAUAGUAACUAUGAUCGUUGGGUGGUUCGGAUCGCAGGGCUCGUUCUGCUGCACCAGUGAAAGUGUGUCGCGUCUCCACCGCGUGGAGUUCAGCGGCUUAGAGCUCCAGGCAGCCAUGUUGCAAGUGACUGUCGUCGUUCAUCAGAAUUGUAGCGCUAUCCUCUGUACAGAUAAGAUGGUCGAAAAUGAGCGUUAUCGUCAUGCAGUGAACGUGCGGAAAUGAACUCAAAUGCCGGUGGCGCGGGCGUCACGUGCAGUGCCACCGUUCUGCUCUCAUUGAACGUUGCAGUGUAUGUUGCCUUUGGCUGCACUCGAUUAUGAGCUUACUGGUCGCCCAUCCGUUCUCGCUACGUUGAUACCACCAGUUUGAAUAAAUACUGAAGCGAAU